AUGGCUGCUGGUGGUUUUGUUACUAGUGAUGUUGAAAAUUAUCCAGAAAAGGUCACUUGGGAUGCGGUAAUUGCUUGUAUUCUUGGAGCCAUGGUGGCUAAUUUUUCGGAUAUGGCAUUGGAAGUGCAGUCAAAAAAUACCAAUGAUCCUUGGUGGCUUCAUCUUUCUCAUGGAGGGAUUAUCAAUGCCGUUGCUGUUGAUAUCUUAGUGUCUAUUGCUGGUCGCAUUUUAAUAGGUCUUGGUGUUGGUUUUACCACUCAGAACUUUGUGUUAUUCGUUUUAAUUGCAGUCUGUGCUAGUUACCUCUUAGAGAUGGCUCCAUCAAGUUAUUGUGGUGCUUUCACCAAUAUUCCUGGAGGACUAGGAUGGCAGAUAAGCUUAGGCAGUGCACCCAUUCCUGCUCUCUUCAUCUCAGGCUCAGCUUUUUUUCUGCCUAACACCCCAAACUCUUUUCUAGAGCUAGGUAAAACUGAAAAGGCUCGAGAGAAGCUUAGGCAAGUACGUAGUGCUAGUGAUAACGAUAUUGAGCCUGAAUUCCAAGCUUUGGUUAAUGUCAUUUAG